AUGGACUAUUCCUAUGAUGAGGACCUGGACGAGCUGUGUCCGGUCUGCGGGGACAAGGUCUCGGGGUACCACUACGGGCUGCUCACCUGCGAGAGCUGCAAGGGCUUCUUCAAGAGGACGGUGCAGAACAACAAGCACUACACCUGCACCGAGAGCCAGAACUGCAAGAUCGACAAGACCCAGCGGAAGCGCUGCCCCUACUGCCGCUUCCAGAAGUGCCUCACCGUGGGGAUGCGCCUGGAAGCCGUGCGUGCAGACCGGAUGCGCGGAGGCAGAAACAAGUUUGGGCCCAUGUACAAGCGGGACCGUGCCUUAAAGCAGCAGAAGAAAGCCCUGAUCCGUGCCAACGGCUUCAAGCUGGAGACCGUGCCCCAGAUCGUGUCUCCCGUGCAGAACGACUACAGCCUGUCCUCCACCAUCCACAGCAUCCACGCCAUGUCCAAGACCCUGCCGCCCAACCCCGCCGCCCUGACGCCCGUCGACUACGAGCGCGGCCCCUACGGGACGCCCUCCCUGGGAAUGACUGUGCCCAGCCACGCGCCGCUCGCCGGCUACCACUACCCUUCCUUCCCCAGCCGCACCAUCAAGUCCGAGUACCCCGACCACUACACAAACGCGCACGAGUCCAUGCCCUACAUGUACCCAGAGACCUACCCCAGCAGCUCCCCUCCCGACAUCCCCGAGGUCAUCCUGAAGCUGCUGCAGCUGGAGCCCGACGAGGCCCAGGUGAAGGCGCGGAUCCUGGCCUGCCUGCAGCAAGAGCAAGGCAAAGGCCGGCACGAGAAGCUCAGCACCUUUGGCCUCAUGUGCAAGAUGGCCGACCAGACCCUCUUCUCCAUCGUGGAGUGGGCACGGAGCUGCAUCUUCUUCAAGGAGCUGGAGGUGGGCGACCAGAUGAAGCUGCUGCAGAACUGCUGGAGCGAGCUGCUGGUGUUCGACCACGUCUACCGGCAGCUGCAGCACGGCAAGGAGCACAGCGUGCUGCUGGUCACCGGCCAGGAGGUGGACCUGUCGACGGUGGCGGCACAGGCGGGCUCCAUCCUGCACUCCCUGGUGCUGCGGGCGCAGGAGCUGGUCCUGCACCUGCACUCCCUCCAGGUGGACCGGCAGGAGUUCGUCUGCCUCAAGUUCCUGAUCCUCUUCAGCCUCGAUGUGAAGUACCUGGACAACCACACGUUGGCUAAGGACGCUCAGGAGAAGGCCAACGCGGCGCUGCUGGAGUACACCGUCUGCCACUACCCCCACUCCACGGACAAGUUUCGCCAGCUGCUGCUGCGGCUGGCAGAGGUCCGGGCGCUGAGCAUGCAGGCAGAGGAGUACCUGUACCACAAGCACCUGAGCGGGGAGGUGCCCUGCAACAACCUCCUCAUCGAGAUGCUGCACGCCAAGCGGACUUGA